AGCAGAGCAGAGCGCGGACGCACUGGCAGAAGGAGGAGAGAUCCUGGUCGAGGAGCAGCAGCGAGGAGAAAACUGGAGCAAAAGACUGCCACCAACAACCCCGCACUCCUCUGUACUGUACGGUUACCCCUGCGUGGGGAUAAUGCAUCCUGUCGGCGGUGUAAUGUGCCCGUGAAAGAGGAGAAGUGUCUGAGGAGAGAGCAGUAAUGGUUCUGCGUCUGGGAGCGCGGCCGCUCCGUGCGCUCCAAUCCGCGUCUCUCCGCGUCCGUGAAGCCGCCGCAGAGCGCCCUCCGAUGCCCGUCCUCCUCUCCUCCUCUCCGCCGCCCAGCUGCACUCACCUCCGGGUAUUUAUCCGACUCAUCGUUACAUAACUCGGCUUCUUUGUCGCUCGCACUGACUUCAUUUUUACCCAAAAAAGCCAGGACCAUAGAUAGAUAGACGCGUCGUGUUUGCCGCUCCAGCAGCAGGCGACGCAAGCGGCAGCAGUCGGCGACGCGGCGGUGGUGGAUUUAAAGUCUGUGGUGCCUUCUUUGCUGUCGUGGACUGAAGGACCAGCAGGAGGACACUUUAAAAGGGUGGAAACCUGAGUCCAGCGGUGAUGAGAGCUCGCUCCGGGAGGAUUUCACUGGUGUGCUGCCAGAAGCAUCUGGAAAGGAUAACACAGGCGUAUACACUCCCCCUCCAGAGGACCAGAGGAUAAUCCACAUCUCAGACAUUUCAGUUGUUUCAGCCCUUGAGUGUCUUUCAGCUUGUGUUUCUAAUGUGGUUUAAUCACACUGGCACUUAAAAACCUCUGCCUUGCUCUGAGCGGCACAAUUUGGGUUCAUAACAACCUCUUGGCACCCAGUGGUUUUGAACAUGUUGGAUAACUGCUGCAUUCAAUUAAGUGAUUAAAGGACAUCCUCACCCUCAAAACCAGUACAGCACAGUAAAUCCUGCAAGGUGUCCCCUGUAUAGCUAUGCAGUAAAGAUGUGUGCAGCCAGGUUCGGUGGCCUGCUCAAUGGCUGUGCCGAGGAGGCCGCUGCCAGUGGUGCCGCUGCUGGGGCUGCUGGUCCGGUCACGGGCUCCAGGAUGCUGGACUGGACAGAGGCAGGUCCACGCAUCCUCCACAGCCUGGAGAUGGGGACGGUGAUGACCGUCUUCUACCAGAAGAAGUCCCAGAAGCCCGAGAGGAGAACCUUCCAGAUAAGGCAGGACAUGCGGCAGAUAGUGUGGAGCCGAAACCCUGACAAACUAGAAGGAGAGGUGGACAUCCGAGAGAUCCGGGAGCUGCGGUUGGGGAAGGGCUCCCGUGAUUUUGAGCGCUACCCGGAGGAGGCCCGUAAGCUGGACGCCGCCCACUGCUUCAUCGUGCUCUACGGCCUGGAGUUUCGCCUCAGGACGCUCAGUGUGGCUGCGUUCAGUGAAGAGGAGGUCAACAUGUGGAUCACUGGUCUCAACUGGCUGAUGGUCGACACUCAGAGAGCGCCCGCACCACAGCAGAUAGACAGGUGGCUGAGGAAACAGUUUGAAGUCAUGGACAGGAGCCACGAGGGCAGUAUCACAGUGAAGGAUGUGAAAGCUCUGCUGCCUCAGGUCAACUACAGAGUCCCCAACAUGCGCUUUCUCAAAGACAAGCUGCAGGAGGUGGAGGCCAGGAGCGACCUGUCGUACCCCAACUUCUCACAGCUCUACAGAACACUGAUGUUUGACGCACAAAAGAGUAUUAUUGAGCAGCUGGAGCUCUCCUUCCCUCUGCGGAAUGUUGACAGACCGGAGCUUUGUCAGAUCUCCCUCUACGACUUCCAGAAGUUUUUACAGAUGGACCAGAAGGAGUCCUGGGCGUCGGAUCUGAGUCGUGUCAGAGAGUUCCUCGCGGGGUACAUGAGGGGCGGACCGCAGCCUGAGCCCAUGCUACAACUGGAUGAGUUCCUGACGUUCCUGUUCUCUAAAGAGAAUUCUGUCUGUGACCCUCGACCUUCACCUGUCGUUGCUGAUGACAUGAAAAAGCCGCUGUCUCAGUACUGGAUCUCCUCUUCACACAACACCUACCUGACAGGUGACCAGUUUUCCAGUGAAUCGUCUCUAGAAGCCUACGCCCGCUGCCUCAGGAUGGGCUGCCGCUGCAUCGAACUGGACUGCUGGGACGGACCUGACGACCUGCCGAUCAUCUACCACGGCCACACAUUAACUUCCAAGAUCAAAUUCCUGGAUGUGCUGCACACCAUCAAAGAACACGCCUUCGUCACAUCAGAGUAUCCUGUGAUCUUGUCCAUCGAGGACCACUGCAGCGUGGUCCAGCAGAGGAACAUGGCCACGCACUUUAAGAAGGUGUUUGGAGAUCUGCUGCUCACCAAGCCAGUUGAUAACAACGCAGAGGAGCUUCCCUCACCCUACCAGCUCCGCAGGAAGAUCCUCAUCAAGCACAAGAAGCUGGUGGAAGGCACGCUUUAUGAAGAGGUGACGUCAGCCAGCUACUCUGAAAACGACAUCAGCAACUCUCUGAAGAACGGCAUCCUUUAUCUGGAAGACCCCGUCGACCACACCUGGACUCCACACUAUUUCGUCCUGACCAGCAAUAAGAUUUACUACUCAGAGGAGACGUCUCACUACCAGACAGCUGAGGAAGAGGAGGACGACGAAGGAAAAGAGGAGUGUAACAACAACGAGCAGCACUGUGCGGAGCGCUGGUUCCACGGGAAGCUGGGUGGAGGUCGCGAUGGCCGACAGGUGGCUGAGAAGCUCCUGCAGGAGUACUGCGAGGGCGGGGCCAAAGACGGCACCUUCCUGGUUCGGGAGAGCGAGACGUUUGUCGGAGACUACACCCUCUCGUUCUGGCGCUCCGGUCGAGUCCAGCACUGCAGGAUCCAUUCCCGUCAGGAGUCCGGCUCCACCCGCUUCUACCUAACUGACAACCUGGUGUUUGACAGCCUCUACCGCCUCAUCUGCCACUACAGAGACACGCCUCUGCGCUGCAACGAGUUUGAGAUGAGGCUGGGCAGCCCCGUGCCUCAGCCCAACGCACACGAGAGCAGAGAGUGGUACCACUCCAGUCUGUCCCGGGUUCAGGCUGAACACAUGCUGAUGCGUGUCCCCAGAGAUGGAGCUUUCUUGGUGCGAAAACGCAGCGAGAACAACUCCUUCGCCAUCUCCUUCAGGGCGGAGGGGAAGAUCAAACACUGUCGUAUUCAGCAGGAAGGCCGUCUCUUCAUGCUGGGCAGCUCGGCAGAGUUUGAGAGUCUCGUCGAUCUCGUGAGCUACUAUGAGAAACAUCCUCUGUAUCGCAAGAUGAGGCUCCGUUACCCCAUCAACGAGGACACUCUGGACCGCAUGGGCACCACGGAGCUUGACUACGGCGCGCUGUAUGAGGUCCGCACUCCUCAUUUCUACGUGGAGGCCAAUAAGAUGCCCACAGCACGGUGUACGGUCAAAGCUCUGUAUGACUAUCGAGCUCAGAGGGAAGACGAGCUCUGUUUCCCCAAACAGGCGCUCAUCCUCAACGUGGACAAGCAGGAGGGCGGCUGGUGGCGAGGUGACUACGGAGGAAAGAAACAGCUGUGGUUUCCUGCAAACUACGUGGAGGAGGUUCCCAGUUCUCCCACCAGAGAGCUGGAUGAAGCAUCCACAGAGAACAGUCCUCUUGGAACAUUCCUCAAGGGCUUCAUUGAUGUACCCACCUGCAGUGUCGUGGUGCAUAAGGACGGGAAGAAUUCUCGUCCCUACGUGUUCACAAUCCAGUCCCAGCAGCUGUCGUCUCAACCGGUUCAGACCCUGGAUGUGGCAGCCGACAGUAUGGAAGACGUGACCACCUGGGUUGGCAAGAUCAGAGAGGCCACACAGAAUGCUGAUGCACGGAUGCAGGAGGAGAAGCAAAUGGAGAGGAGGAAGAAGAUCGCGGUGGAGCUGUCUGAGCUCGUGGUCUACUGCAGACCCGUCCCCUUCAAUGAAGACAAGAUCGGGACAGAGAGGGCAUGUUACCGGGACAUGUCCUCUUUCCCGGAGACAAAGGCAGAGAAGUUUGCGACACGCAGCAGAGGGAAACGCUUCCUGCGGUACAACCACCGUCAGCUUUCCAGAGUUUAUCCCCGAGGACAGAGGCUGGACUCGUCCAACUACGAUCCGCUCCCCAUGUGGCUCUGUGGCUCCCAGCUGGUUGCACUCAAUUUCCAGACCCCAGAUAAACCCAUGCAGCUGAACCAGGCUUUGUUCAUGCUGGGAGGUGCCAGCGGCUUUGUUCCCCAGCCUGAUGUCAUGAGAGACGACACCUUUGACCCUUUCGACAAGGACACCUUACAUGUGGAGCCAAUCACCAUCCAGUUACAGGUGCUGGGAGCGCGUCAUCUGCCUAAAAAUGGCCGCAGCAUUGUCUGUCCCUUUGUGGAGGUGGAUAUCUGUGGAGCUGAUUACGACAGCUGCAAAUGCAAGACGGAUGUCGUAGCUGAUAACGGUCUGAAUCCUGUGUGGGUGCAGAAGCAGUUUGUGUUUGACAUCCACAACCCCACCUUCCCCUUUCUGCGCCUCACUGUCUAUGAGGAGGACAUGUUCAGUGAUCCUAACUUCCUGGCACAGGCGACCUACCCUGUCCGUCUGCUACGAACAGGCUACAGGAGCAUCCCUCUGAAGAACAGCUACAGUGAAGAGCUGGAGUUGGCAUCACUUCUGGUCCAUAUAGAGAUCGUCAAUGCAAAGGAGGAAGACGAUGAGAACCUGUACAUGUCCAUCCAGCGGCUGCGGGAUCGAACCAGCGAGCUGUCCAACCAGGUUUCCCUCCUGGAGAGGUCGGGCUCAGGAGAUCUCGGCUACCAGCAGAGUCUGGAGGAGCUCAGAGCGGCUCAGGACCAGCUGAGUGAGCUGGUGGAGGCCCGAAACCGCAGGCUGAUGGAGAAGAAGAGGAGGGAGAAGCUGAGGCAGCAGGUGACAGCAAAGCGCAGCUAAUCCUCCCGUUCACCAGGGAGCGCUACACUCCGAUACAAACCAGAGCUGUACAGCAACAGCCUGAGAAGACAGCAGGCUCUUUACAGCAGCGACAUGCUAUCCAUUUAUAACUGGAAAUAACAUGUUCUUUCACAAUAAGAUGUGAGACUUUAUAGCACCAUGCUGGACUAACAGCAGAGCAAAAAAGUUACAGAGCGAAGCAUCUCAUGGACUCAAAAUAAAACCUCACAAAACUAAGCUAUACAAAUAAUCAUGGACUUACGGCUGAAACACAUUAAGAGCAAACUGGAGAUGGCUUUCUUCUGAUGUUUUCACACAGACAGGAGAGGUGAAGGGUCAGAAUUCUGAAUUUCACUAUCAUGAUAGUCAGAAAAUUUACCUGUAACAAUUUUUUUUACAAGCAAAAAUACCAAACUUUUGCUGCUUUUCUUUGUGUUAUGUGAUCAUAAAUGUUGGACUGUUUGUCAGAAAGAACAAGCUAUUUAAAGAUGCCACCUUUUAGAAACUGGAACUUUUUAGUGUAGAUGGUGGUAUAACAUGCCACACACAACUGAACUGAAGCUCAUCAAGUUCACUCUUACUGUGUUUUGGUCUUUAGUAAGAAAUACAGGAUAUAAAAGGGAGAAGAAAACUCAGGUUACACAAAUGGAUGGAAUUAAAAAAACUAUUUGGAUGGGAAAAAAGGGAGCAGUGUGCACACGUAGCAAGUUAAUAUCACGUAUGUGCCUUUGAUGUUGUGCUUUUUAGAGUUUAAUUACUCUAGUGUUUAACAAAGUAAAAUGAAACUUUCUCUACAACUGGAAUAGUGUCCCUUUAAGGGAGAACUACUAACAAACUGGAGGUGGAAUCCACUCGUUUUGGCUCGGACCACUACUCAUGAAAUGGGUUUUAAAGGGAUUUUAAAACUGAAGUCUGUUCCUCCUAAUCAAGACCAAGUCUUUUUUUUUGGGCGAUCACAUGAACUCUACACCCCAGGUGGCGAGGGGCUCCUGACACACAUGUUCCUGUUCUACAGGAGAGCACAAUGUGGACAAACAACUCCUCACCAAACCACACAGACAAGAUUUUUAAAACUUCUUCAAAGGGCUCUAAAUGUAUCUAUACUUCAACGAGAACAGUUCUCACAGCACCCGCUGGAUAUUUCCUUCAUAGGGGACAAGGUGACAAACACUACGCAGGUGUGUUUGUUACAGUCGGCCACACACACACACACACACACACAUGACAAACAAGGGCUAUCACAGAAAACUGGCAAAGCACUCUUUUACUUCUCGCCUCACAUCUGAACCACCCGACCAGGAUCAGUUCCCAUCAUCUGGCUCUAAUCAACAGAUGUGGCUCAACUGAUCCUGGAUCUGCCAAAAAAAACAGCUUCAAAUGGACCCACUGCAUGGCUUCAUAUCUAUUAAUGCCCCUCUCCCUCCCUGUAGUGACUUUACCUUCCCAUCAUCCCCCUGUCAAAUUUCUCAUUGUAUAUAACUUUUAUUUAUCAAACUGGUGUAGAUCCUGUUUUAAUAGAUGACAGAACAUACUAGGAGAAUGAUAAUGGACUUCAGAUUGAAGAUACUGUAACUUUAUGUAGAAAUUAAUAUUGUGUCCCUUUAAAUGUCCCCAUAGACACAAGCCUCUCUCAUUCUCCCUACGCUGCAGUUGCACUGGGUGGGGACUUCUAUGCAAAGGACGUCUUCUUGGCCUAUAGCCAUUGUGUAUUAGGCGGUUUGACUCAAGUUGUUUUCUCUCCGUAUCUAUGCUAACUGUCCAGUAUUAUUACUCUGCAUUACAAAUCCUGUGCAAGUUUCCAUUUAAUAAAGCUCUUUUAUGUA